AUGGGAUACGGCAAUGGGAAGGCAGCGGGUUUCAUCGGCUGCAAGGCUUGCGGCUACAAAUGGGACUGGAGCAACAAGACGGAGUGUUUCAAGUGCAAGGCCAAGCUCCUGCCGCCCGUUGGAGCACCGCCGCCAUUGUCAGGAGCUUGGGCAGAGAAUCAGAGGUAUUCUUCGGGUUGGUCAAGCUCCGGGCGAGGGUGGAGGAAGAAGGCACCAUGGCGGCAGGACUGCGGCUAUAACUCUUGGAACUGGGAGGACAAAGACGAGCACGACGAGGUGGCGCAGCUGCCCGACCCGCUCUCCACCACUUCCCUCAUCGCGAGCUUGGCGUCCUACCAGGGUGUUUGCGACGAGACGGACCCCACGAUCACGGCUGCCAUGGACACGCUGCGGCGCAAGGCUCAAGCAGAACAGGCAGCCAAGACAGCACCAGCGCCUCCCAAGCCUCGCAUGGGGGCACAGCUGCUCGGCGACGCCAACCGAGCGCUCAAGGACAUCGAUCACCGCAUCGGCAGGCAAAGAAAGAAGCUCGUCGAUGCGCAACUGUACCUGGACGACCAAGAGGAGUACAUGGCCAAGCUCGAGCAGCAGCGGGUCGAGACGCUGCAGCAGCAGUGGGAGGUACUGGCGCAGGCCAACUCGGACUCAGGUACAGAGGUGGUCAAGCCCGAGGAGAAAGUUGACAGCGGCGCGCUCAAGGUCAAGUUCGAGUUCGACGCGUCGCUUUUCGAGGGCCUCGAGGAGUGCGACGUCACGUCCGAAGAGAUGCAGAGCAUUCUGCAGUGA